UUCUCUCCUCGGUCAAGGUUGUUGUCAUGUGACCCAAGUCCAGCGCACGUGCCUAGCAGCGUGGUCAACUAUACACACCCCAGAGCAGCAAAACAGAAAGAUAUUUAGACUACACAGACGCGAUAUUCGAAGCUUGUUACGGAGUUGUGUUGGGAUAACUCUAUUUGUUGCGCACCUACAGUACGACUGUUCUCGGCAAUGUCUCCUAAAAAGCGAAGACGGAACAGAAAUACUGAUAGCAGUCAUGGUAGUGAGAAUGCUGCACCCAAUAACCAUGUGGUAGAGACUGCGCCAUCAUUGCAAACACCGACUUCUUCGCUGGAGAGGCAAAGCAGCAGAUCUCCGGAAGUGGAGGCCCUGAGAGGGAGCCAGAAGAAGGAGCGGUCCAAAUUGGUUCUCUGGAGGAGACCAGUGCAGACUGUUCACUGCUUCUUGUGGGAGCUUAUUUACGAGGCACGGCGACUUACCUACGGCAUUCUACAGCACAAAGUGAAGGUCACUCUGUUCAUACUUCUACUAGUGGUUUACCUUGCCAGUCACUACCUUGAUGGUCCUCACCAACCGUUUGUGUUGCGACAGGAGCGGAAGAUGUUGUGGUGGGGCUACUGGGUGGGGCUGGGGAUCCUCUCCAGCGUGGGACUUGGCACCGGUCUCCACACCUUCAUCCUCUACCUGGGACCCUACAUCGCCUCCGUCACCAUCGCCGCCUUCGACUGCGAGUCUGUCGACUUCCCCGAGCCCCCCUACCCUCUAGAUAUUGUGUGUCCCGAGGAGCCAAGUCUGUAUCCAGUCACGUUCUGGACUGUCAUGAGCAAAGUUCGGUGGGAGUCCUUCAUGUGGGGGGCAGGGACGGCUCUUGGAGAACUGCCUCCUUACUUUAUGGCAAGAGCAGCGAGAUUAUCAGGUCACGAGGAAGAGGAUCCUGACUAUGAAGAAUUGGAGGCUGUCCUCCACUCUCAGAGAAAGGACCCACUAACCAGAGCGAAGAAGGCAGUGCACCGACUGGUGGAAAGAGUUGGCUUCUUCGGCAUACUGCUCUGUGCCUCAAUACCCAACCCUCUAUUUGAUCUGGCUGGGAUAACCUGUGGCCACUUCCUCAUACCUUUCUGGACUUUCUUUGGAGCUACUCUCAUCGGAAAGGCCGUCAUCAAGAUGCACAUACAGGUAUCUAUAUAUACUGUGCUCCGUCGGCUUUCUUCCGUGUUCUUGUUGAGGAUCAUACUGGUAUAUAAAAGAUAUGCUGCGACAAUUGAAAGCAAUGCACAAGUGAAAAUUGACACCUGCGCGCAGAAAAACCUAAUGUUUGAGUGUUUUGUGUACAAUUACUCUUUGCUUAUUCGACUACGUUCUGUACGAUUGGCUGAAGUUUGUAACUCAUCUCUAUUCUUUUCCAGAAAGUGUUUGUCAUAUUAGCGUUCAGUGAGCACCAUGUAGAGCUGAUAGUAGACUUGAUAGGUAAGGUGCCAUACAUUGGUCCAUACGUGCAAGCUCCAUUCAGUGACUAUCUGGAGACUCAGAAGCUGAAACUGCACAGAAAACAAAGCUCUCCUCAUGAAAUGCGUACCAGUCUUCUGUCAAAGAUAUUUGGAGGCUUUAUGUUUCUGAUGAUUGUCUACUUUAUCGUGUCCAUCGUCCACUCGAUGGCGCAGAACUUUGCCAGACGCCGUGACGAGGCGGAGGUCCAGAAACUUGUAAAAUCGAGAAAGACUCGCUGACAUAUUGCGUGUCAGAGGAACCAGAGUAUACAUAUAACAUGGCACUACUGCAGGUUACACUAACAUACUCUCUCUGUCAUGUCAGCCCGCAACCAAACAUGUGAUGAUGUUAUUAUUCAUUUGAUGAAACUUUUCCAGGU